AUGGAGGCAGUGCUCAAGGACAUUCCAGGCACUCAGGUGUUCCUGGAUGACAUUUUGGUGGCUGAAUGCCAGCAUGAGUUUGGCACCACCCUAUGGAAGGUGUUGUCAACUCUCCGUGACAAUGGUAUUAAGCUCAGGGAAAAGAAAUGCAUUUUUGGUGAAGAAGGAGUGAACUACCUGGGGCACCGAAUAGACAGAGAAGGUCUGCAUCUCUGUGAAAAGAAAACAGAGGCCAUCAUGAAGACACUUGAGCUAUGCAGCGUCCAAAAACUUCGUUCAUUUUUGGGCCUCAUAUCUUACUUUUGA